AUGCCUGGAGUAUCUACAGCCACUAUCCGCCCUUCUGACCGUGUGCAAGGCGCGUCUGUUAACGCUCAUCACGGCAAGACAGGACCGUCUGAGCUGUCUAAAACUCGAGUUAGCAAAUCAGGAGAUGAGGGUCAAAAACGGAGGGAAACACAUAACGGAAAGGUGUCGAACAGCGAUGUUGCUGCCAUACUUGAAGUAAAGGUCACUCAUGAGAAUACUCGUAAUCGAGAGCCAACUGCGCAAUCAGAGGGUAGUUUGCAAUCCCAGUCAGAGUCUUUGUAUAGUGCUCAGGAAAGCGACGUUGCGAACACGCCUGAGCCUCAGCGGAAACGGUUCAUAUUUGGUAUCGAGCAUCUGCGUCGGCGGGCUGACAAUCCUCCUGUGGGGGUGAGAAGCGACUCGACUUCAGAACAUGGGCACACGACAGGCCACGUUGGGGCGAGCUCAGGCGGCCCUACAGAUCCGAGAGUCAAGUUUCCUUCAUCCGAGUCUCGAAGAGCACCUGACUGGGACUCUAAAACGGGUCAGUGGGUCAGUGGGCUCAGUAACACACUUUGGAACGAUAGCGGUAAUUCAUCUGACGAGGGUGGUGCUGGUCCAUCAUUCUUUUCGUCUUCUCGUACUAUUUUCUCCACUCCGUCACUUGCUGGCGAUGAAACGGUCGUCCGCAAGACACGUCCACAUACCACUGAAAGAUGCAGGGAUUGGUUGCACGGUCGGUGCUUUUGGGGCUAUUCCUGUAACUAUGUGCACGAAGACCUCGAGUACGACGAUGAAUCGCCUUCUGGCCUUUCUACAUCCCGUCUAGACGAGUCACGGCGUCAACUCCCUCAUCAUGUGCAUGGUGUUGUAUCCGGGCUUGUCUCACCGUCAUCAGCCAAACCUCCCGGGUUGGGAGUGCUAUCGAAGCAGAAAGUACCUGUGGCCCCAUCGGCACCUCCCGGACUAGGUGUCAAAGCUUCCAAGCCUGAAGUUCGUCGAUGUGAAUCGUCGAACCCACCUGAAAAACCUCCUGGUUUGGAGCCCCCCAAACGCGAAGCCCUCAAACAGGAUCCAAAAUCAUCUGUCUUUGGGGAAGGUCAGGCGCGUUCAAAACAUGGCAGCGAUAGAGCCACUCGCUCCGAAUUGGUUCCUCCUGGAUUGCCGCGCCCUCCUCAGAAACCUCUUGGAUCGGACUCUGAGCCUCUCAAACGCGAAGUCCCACGAUACGAUCCAAAAUUACCCACACAUUCUGGGAAGGACCUAACGCGUUUCAAACUUGACAGCGACAGGACCAGGCGCUCCGAAGUCUGUCAAAAUUGGCGUAGCGGUCGAUGCAGUCGUGGUCACCAAUGUCCAUAUUUGCACGAGAACCUUGUUUUUCAUAAAGCUAUCCACACGACGGUCGGGCAUGCAAGCCCCUCAAACCGACCGACAGGGCCCCGAAGUUUUGAUGUGUGCUGGGACUGGACGAGCGGGCGAUGCCUUAGAGGAGCUACGUGCCCCUGGGUGCAUAGCGAUUUGAAGCAGAAGGACUUAGUUGAGCAGAAACCUAAAACCGCUCUCCCUGGCUCUCAAAAAGAGGCUCGAGCAGGGGUACUUCCGGAAUCCACUCGGCCCCCGUUCCAUGCAGUUUCGAAAGUCCCAGAACUGUUUCCAUUCACUUUUCACAAGCACAUCAAAGUCAAGUUCGGCGCAGGUUUCGAGGUUCAGGAUCUUGUGACCGGCUUCGAAACUUCUUCGGUAUACAUCGUGAACGUUCCAAAGAGAGUGACGGAGGAUGAUAUCAUUCGAUUGCUGCGACCUCAUGGUGAAAUCACAGCAGUAAGGAUGAAGUCAGACGCCUUGACUCUGGCUAUGACCGUUAAAGCGCGAUUUUCUUCAGCUGCAGAAGCAUCUAGAGCUUCAUCAGCGCUCAACGGAACGCAGGCGUUUGGCAUAACAUUAAGGGUACGAUUGGCGGUGAACAAUCCCGAUGGCACUUCCAGCAUACCCCGUGACACAGCUGUUCGUAUUCAAUGGGAGGCUCCUGGAAAAGUCGGAUAUGGGGGUUACCCCUCCAUUGAACGGGCUACAGAGGCCAUUGAAGCCACUCGUGACCUGCUUUUUGGUGAUUCUUACACUAAGGCAUCUAUUCACUCGGGGUUGCCCGCUGUAGGGGUUGCGACUGUAAAAUUUCAUAGCCUUCCUGUCGAUGCCACUGAAGAAGGGAUGGAGUGGUUUGCGCAGACAAAGGAUGUCAUGUGGGAGAGACCAAAUUACACAGACUUGCCCUGUGCGAUCAGUGGCAUUCGAAGGAUGCUCUUGGAAAAGGACGUUGACCUCCUUGAAUUCCAUGUGUUGCCGCCGCCCUACAAGGACGGCAUGGUCAGGGCAUGGGCCCAUUUUGCCACUCCAGGUGAAGCCAAAGCAGUUUGUGACGACCUGCAUAACCGUAAGCCCUGGUUCACCGGCCACACAAGAAUAUUUGCACGGCAUUUGCAGUCCAUUUCAUACAACGUGUCUCAUGAGACAUUCAACGUUGUUGAGCCAGACAUACUUGCACUAGGCGAAUCGGCCUGGAGGCGAGGUAAUGGAUCUUCAGUUUCUGCUGUCAAAAGGCCCCCUUCUGUGUCGGUCAAAAUAUGCGGCGAAGACAUGAAAGACUUGGGUCGUUUGAAACUCGAAUUGGAAAAGAUCCUCACCGGCGUCAUUGUCCAACACGAUGGAAAGGUUGUUUGGGAUGAUUUCUUCGUUCGACCUGCUGGAGUUCUCUUCCUACUAGAUCUUGAAAGAGAACAUCGCCCUCUCACAAUCACGAAAGAGCGGGGUAGACGGACAAUACGGCUUCUCGGUUCUUCCGAGCUGCGGGAAAUCGUGCAUAAAAAAAUUGUGGAGAAGGCAGCAGAGCUUCGUUGUCGACAAACGUUGAUCAUCCCGCUUGAUGGUCGGCUUGUGGGGCUGUUUAUGAGUGCAGACCUUAUCAAAUUGCAGGAGGACCUCGGGCCUGACAACGUAGUGUUGGAUCUGGGGAAUAGGCGUCUCCUGAUUCGUGGUGACCAAGAGGCCUUCGACCGAGCCAGAGAAGCUGUCAACCGUGCUCGAUCCAGGCAUAGCGGUGAACGACAAACGACUGGAGCAGAAUGUCCAGUCUGCUUUGAGGCAGCAACCUCACCCAUCGCCCUUCAGUGUGGUCAUCGCUGGUGUCGUACAUGUAUUGCCCAGUACCUUACUGCGGCAGUUGAUCAGAACUUCUUCCCGUUGACGUGUCUGGGCAACGAAGCUCAUUGUCCUGAACGAAUCUCCUUGGGCAUUGCAAAGGAGGUUCUGCCCGCUCAUGAUUUUGAAGCCGUGCUGAAUGCAGCGUUCUCUGCACAUAUCCAUACCCGUCCAAAUGAAUUCCAUUUCUGCCCAACGCCAGAUUGCAGUCAGGUGUAUCGGUCUGCACCAGAGGGGACGGUUCUCCAAUGCCCAUCCUGCCUCCUACGCAUAUGCCCCAAUUGUCACUCUGAGGCUCACGACGGCUUGGCUUGCGCAGAGGUCGAUGGGGGUGAGGUUUUGUUCAAAGAAUGGAUGAAGAAGAACGAUGUGAAGAGCUGUCCUGGUUGCAAUAUCCCCAUCGAACACGCAGAGGGCUGUAACCAUAUGAUGUGCACCCAGUGUCAAACACACAUUUGCUGGUGUACUUGUAUCCUUUUCAAGUGGGGUUUGAUUCUUGUUUCCUUAUAGUCAUGCUGUACUGAAUAUAUGAAGUUUUCACGGAAAACAGAUAUACAUGC